UACUAAAACAAGAAAAACAUAAAUCUAUUAUUGCGAAAUAGUCUGGGAGUGCUGUACACCCCGCCCUCACAUUUUAAAAAGAAAGAGUCAGGGUAGGCUUAGCCAUUUGGGGAGAUUCAGGCAGGGUUUUCCCAUCCUGUUCAUGGUCUGCAACGAAUUACCUAUGAACUUUUGGCGUGCGUAAAAUCGCCGUGUUGGGCUAACAUGACCUUUAGGUAUCCUUGUUUCUGAAGGUUUUUUUUUUUCGUAAACCAUACGCUUUUGAUAAACGCGUCUUUCUGUUAAGGAGACAAUACAGAUAAAGUAUUACGCUAGAUUGGUACAUUCUUCGGUUCAACAAUGUUCAGAAGCGCGCGUCUGACGUUCUGUCUUAUUAUUCUCGUGCAUUACUCACUCCAAGAAACUCCCAAGAAAAAGAAUGGCAAGAAAGAUGGUGGAAACGCGGCCGCUAUCGAGGAACUAAAGAAACAGAUAGAAAACAUUGUACAGGAGCUGAACCUACUGAAAGAGCAACAAGCUCUGCAAACAGUCUGUCUGAAAGGAACCAAGAUCCAUGGCAAGUGCUACCUGGCUGAUGACACAAAGAAACGCUACCAUGCUGCGAGCGAAGACUGCAUUGCCAAGGGGGGCACCCUGAGUACCCCACUGACCGGGGACGAGAAUGACCAGCUGUACGAGUAUGUGCGCCGGAGCGUGGGGCCCGAGGAGCAGGUGUGGCUGGGCAUUAAUGACAUCCUGACCGAGGGGAGCUGGCUGGAUCAGGCCAGUGCCACUGUGCGCUACAAGAACUGGGAAACGGAGAUUACCCACCAGCCUGACGGAGAGCGCAACCAGAACUGUGCUGUGCUGUCCACCACCGCCAACGGGAAGUGGUUUGAUGAGAGCUGCCGCGCUGAGAAAGCUUCUGUUUGCGAAUUCAACAUCGUCUAAGAGCCAGAGUUCUUUGAUUUGUCGCCCGGUGGCAAAAUAUGGCCUGCCAUACAUCUACAUACGCGUACAUGCAUGCCAUACAGGCACUUUGAUUACCAAAAGAAUUACUAUUCAGAUGCAGUCCAUGUAUCAAAUAAUUGUGACUUCAGAAUAAGAAGUAAUUGCUACAAAUAUUUUGUUUAGAAAGGACUGUACCAAGUUCAAUGCAACUUAUUCAUAUGUAUAGCCUAUAAAUAGUUAAUAGGACAUCUCUGGACCCUGUGCACAGUUUUUUAAAGGAGAGGAGAUAGUCUGCUGUCCUUAGGCAUUUUCCACUUUAUUCAGACAGGGGACAAGCGAAGAGGGAUCACCAUACAGAAAGUGCCAUAGUAGGUAAUGUAACCACUGAUCACACAGGAGUUGCAUGUGAGUUGAGAGUUGGCUGCCCUACAGACUGCCACAUCUCACCAGUGCACACCAUUUUUAAAAAGAUUAUCACAUAUGAGAUUUAGGAAUCGGAAGAACUAAAGAAUCCUGCUUUAGAUUUUAAUCCAUAUAUACUGUAGAACACGUGUUUUACAUAUAUUUUAUCGUUAUAUAAUUUAGUUCUUUAAUUUAGUAUUAUAUCAUAGUAACUAUAGUUUAUUUUAUAGGGCUGGCCAAAAAUAGAUAGGCCUAAACUUUCCAUGGUUUCUAAUUUCUACAGGGCUACACAGGGAUCUGCUAAAUGUAAAAAGUUUUAUUUAUGCUGAUCUUCAGUUUAUGUUUUUGUUCCAUUGUGUGACUGCAGUUUAAAACAUUGUGUUUCAUAAGAAUGGCUAUGAAAGGUAAAUGGAACUUUCUAGUAUUAAGUACUCACCAUCGAUCACUAAUCUGAGUUAGUUUAGGUUAAUAAUAGACAUCCUGUUUAGUUUUGGUCAGUAAUAGACAUGCUGUGUCAACCAUAUUACAAGAUUUAACAACAGAGCAACAAAUGAGCUGAUUCAUUUGAAAAGUAUGGAACAAUACAGCUAAAGAUUUAAAGGUGAACAUCACUACUUUCUUAUUUUAAAGAACAAUUCCAGCUUAUUUAUGUAGGCUCAAGUUAGAUGCUGGUGAGUACAGUGCUUACACUCUAUAUGCAUUUAGAUUUUCUACAGUAUAUUUUGUGGUCAUUCAUUUUACACUUUCAUAUUGACAUUAAUGUGGAAUAUUUCAGAUUUCAUUAUUAGUUACAUUUGAGAAAAAAUAUCUCCCUGAUGUUAGACUAGAAAAAUAUUAAUUUCUUAAAUAAUUAAAACCUUUAAACUGCUCAACAGCCUUUAAUUUUAUUAUUAUUGUGUGGAUAAUAGCACACAGAUUUUAUGUCCUAUUGGAAUGCUACUACUGGGGGGUUUGGUGUUCAUCUACUUCUUACAUUUAUGUGACAGCUUAUUAAAAAAAUUUAGUUUUAUUUUCCAAAUAUUGCUGAUGUGUUAUUGGAUCUCAAAAGUAAACAGCCUUGAUCAACUGUAA